AUGCACGUCAGACCUUUUGAUAUUUUCAUUCUACUUGCUAUCUUUGCCAACUGUGUGGCCCUGGGUGUAUCUAAACCCUUCCCAGAGGAGGACUCCAAUUCCACCAACCACAACCUGGAACAAGUAGAGUACAUCUUCCUAGUUAUCUUUACCAUUGAGACCUUCACUAAGAUCCUGGCCUAUGGCUUGGUUAUGCACCCCAGCGCCUACAUCCGCAGUGGCUGGAAUUUGCUUGAUUUUGUCAUCGUCGUCGUCGGGUUGUUCAGUGUGGUUGCUGAGGGGACGGCUGACCACAAGCCUGGAGAUUCCCACCAUGCAGCAGGCAAACCAGGAGGACUGGAUGUCAAAGCUCUUAGAGCCUUUAGGGUGCUGCGACCCCUUAGGCUGGUGUCUGGAGUGCCCAGUCUCCAGAUUGUCUUGAACUCCAUCAUGAAAGCCAUGGUUCCCCUGUUGCACAUUGGUCUGCUAGUCAUGUUUGUCAUCAUCAUCUAUGCCAUCAUCGGCCUGGAGCUCUUCCUCGGCAGGAUGCACAAGACCUGUUUCUACGUGGGCACAGAGCUGAACGUGGAUGAUGACCCCACACCGUGUGCAUUUGCUGGAAACGGACGGGAAUGUGUGGGCAACGGGACAGAGUGCAGAGGACCGUGGGAGGGGCCUAACGGCGGGAUCACCAACUUCGACAACAUUUUUUUUGCCAUGUUGACUGUGUUCCAGUGUAUCACCAUGGAGGGCUGGACCGAUGUGCUCUACUGGAUGAAUGAUGCAAUUGGCUUUGAGAUGCCCUGGGUCUACUUUGUCUCUCUGGUCAUCUUUGGCUCGUUUUUCGUACUCAACCUUGUAUUGGGAGUGUUGAGUGGAGAGUUCUCCAAGGAAAGAGAGAAGGCUGUGGCUCGUGGAGAGCUGCAGGACGCCCAGAAUAAGAAGCAGAUGGAGGAGGAUAUGUGUGGCUACAUGGACUGGCUCAUCGAGGCCGAGGAUGUGGAUGAGGAAGGAAACAAACGUGCUGCUGUUGCCAAGAAGAAAAUGAUGAAGAAGUUUGGCUGGUAUAAACACAGCGAGGACGGAGAAUCGGAUUCAGACUCUGAAUUUGGAGCAUAUUUAGAUGACGACAAUGGCUGCUGCGCAUCUCUAAUGGCUAAAAUGAUGGCCAACAGUUUCUGUGACCAGCUAUGCCAACUGAACCACGCCUUUCGGAAAAACUGUCGUGUAGCAGUCAAAUCCCAGAACUUCUAUUGGCUGGUGCUUCUUCUGGUUUUUCUCAACACUGCAGCGAGCGCCUCUGAACACUACGGCCAGCCCAAGUGGCUCACCGAGAUGCAGGAGCGGGCCAAUAAGAUCCUGUUGAUGUUGUUCACGCUGGAGAUGCUGUUGAAGAUGUACAGUUUCGGUUUCCAGAUCCACUUCUUGGCUCUGUUUAACCGCUUCGACUGCUUUGUGGUGUGUGGUGGCAUCCUGGAGACGGUCCUGGUUGAGUUGCAGAUCAUCCCUCCCAUCGGCAUCUCUGUGCUGCGCUGCGUCCGCCUGCUCAGGGUGUUCAAAGUGACACGGCACUGGGCAGCCCUGUCAAACCUGGUCAAUUCGCUGCUCAACUCCAUGAAGGCUAUCUGCUCUCUACUGCUCCUGCUCUUCCUCUUCCUAAUCAUCUUCUCUCUGCUGGGUAUGCAGCUGUUUGGAGGCAAAUUCAACUUUGAUGAGACUCAGAUGAAGAGGAGCACAUUUGACACUUUCCCCCAGGCCCUGCUCACCUGCUUCCAGAUCCUUACAGGAGAGGACUGGAAUGCAGUGAUGUAUGAUGGGAUCAUGGCUUAUGGCGGGCCAGUCUUCCCACAGAUGAUCGUGUGCAUCUACUUUGUCUCCCUCUUCGUUGUCGGUAACUAUAUCCUGCUGAAUGUCUUCUUGGCUAUCGCUGUGGACAACUUGGCAGGAGAUGGUGGAAAAAAGAAAGUAGAAGAGAAAAAGGAGGAGGAAGAGGACUGGGACGAUGAUGAAGACAAAGAGGAAGAUGCAGCGAAUGAGAUGGAUGACUGGGAGGAGAAUGAGGAGUUGAGAGCCAUUGAGGGUCUGGAGGGAAUUAUGCCUGUGAAGCCUGAAUUUUCUGCUCCAAAAGAGAAGAUUGAACCCAUUCCAGAUGGUAGCUCCUUCUUCAUUCUUGGAAAGAGGAACUGCCUCCGAGUGGCCUGUCACAACCUCAUCCACCACUCCUAUUUCACCAACCUCAUCCUUGUCUUCAUCAUUGCCAGUAGCAUUUCUCUGGCUGCUGAGGAUCCAAUCAGAGCUCACUCUUUUAGGAACAACAUGCUUGGCUACGCUGACUAUGCAUUCACCUCCAUAUUCACUGUGGAAAUUAUAUUAAAGGUGACAGUUUUCGGUGCGUUCCUUCAUCCUGGAUCGUUCUGUAGGAAUGCCUUUAACCUUCUGGAUCUACUGGUUGUCAGUGUGUCGCUCGCGUCCUUCUUCCUCCAUUCCAGCGCUAUCUCUGUGGUCAAGAUUUUCAGGGUACUCAAAGUGCUCAGGCCUCUUCGAGCAAUCAACAGAGCCAAGGGACUCAAGAAUGUAGUGCAGUGCGUGUUUGUGGCAAUCAAAACAAUCGGAAACAUCUUGAUCGUCACAACACUCCUCCAGUUCAUGUUUGCCUGUAUCGGAGUGCAGCUCUUCAAGGGAAGAUUCUACAGUUGCACUGAUGAAGCUAAACACACUCCAUAUGAGUGCAUGGGAACGUUUGUGGUGUAUAAGGACGGUGAUAUGAAUCACCCUAUGGUGAGAGAGAGGAAAUGGCAAAACAGUGAAUUCAACUUUGACAAUGUGCUGCAGGGCAUGCUGGCCCUGUUCACUGUGUCUACAUUUGAAGGCUGGCCACAGCUGCUGUACAAGGCCAUCGACGCCAAUGCAGCGAACCAUGGCCCUAUUUACAACUACCGUGUGGAAAUCUCCAUAUUCUUCAUCAUCUACAUCAUCAUCAUCGCCUUCUUCAUGAUGAACAUCUUCGUGGGCUUCGUCAUCAUCACGUUCCGUGAACAGGGAGAAUCUGAGUUCAAAAACUGUGAACUGAACAAAAAUCAAAGACAAUGUGUACAGUACGCUCUGAAAGCCAAGCCCAUCAAGAUCUACAUUCCCAGAAACCCGUCCCAGCUAAAGUUCUGGAAAAUCAUCGCCUCCAGCCAGUUUGAAUACAUCAUGUUUGUCUUAAUUCUUCUCAACACCCUCACCUUGGCUGUGCAGCAUUAUGAGCAGUCUAAAACAUUCAACUCUGUGAUGGACAUCCUCAACUUGAUCUUCACAGCCCUAUUUACCAUAGAGAUGGUCAUCAAGCUACUGGCUCUCCGAACACAUCAAUAUUUCAUUGAUGCUUGGAACACCUUUGAUGCUCUGAUAGUUGUGGGCAGUGUGCUAGACAUCAUGGUCUCAGAGCUUAGUGGAGGAGACGAGGAUGGAGAAGCCAUCGAGGCCGCAGCCAAAGCUGCAGCUGUAGCCGUACCUGGAGCUCCGCCCGGGGCCAAGAAGGAAAGCGGAAAAGUAUCCAUCACAUUCUUCCGUUUGUUCCGAGUCUUGCGAUUGGUCAAGCUGCUCAGCAAAGGGGAGGGCAUUCGAACCCUCCUCUGGACUUUUGUCAAGUCCCUCCAGGCCUUGCCAUAUGUCGGUCUCCUUAUUGCUAUGAUCUUCUUCAUCUACGCUGUGAUCGGCAUGCAGACAUUUGGAAAGAUUGCUAUAGAUGACAACUCACAUAUCAACAGGAACAACAACUUCCAGACCUUCUUCAUGUCUGUCCUACUUCUCUUCAGGUGUGCAACCGGAGAGCAGUGGCAGGAGAUCAUGUUGGCAGCGUUGCCAGGGAGACGCUGUGACCCUGAGUCCGACUUUGAGCCCGGGGAGGAGAGCAUGUGCGGCAGCAACCUGGCCUACAUCUACUUCAUCAGCUUCUUCAUGCUCUGCGCUUUCCUGAUCAUUAACUUGUUCAUUGCUGUCAUCAUGGACAACUUUGAGUACCUGACCAGGGAUUGGACCGUACUGGGUACUCAUCACCUGGACGAGUUCAAACGAGUCUGGUCGGAUUAUGACCCAGAGGCCACGGGUCGAAUCAAACAUAUCGAUGUGGUCACUAUGCUGCGCAGGAUCCAGCCACCCCUUGGUUUUGGCAAACUGUGCCCCCAUCGUGUGGCCUGCAAGAGGCUGGUUGCUAUGAACGUGCCGCUGCAUAGCGAUGGGACGGUCACCUUCAACGCUACCCUGUUUGCGCUGGUCAGAACCUCACUCAAGAUCAAGACUGACGGGCCCGUUGACCAGGACAACGAGGAGCUCAGGGCCAUCAUUAAGAAGAUAUGGAAGCGCACUAAGCCCAAGCUCCUUGAAGAGGUCAUUCCACCCCCUAGAGGGGAAGAGGUCACUUGUGGAAAGUUCUAUGCCAGCUUCUUGAUCCAGGACUACUUUAAGAAGUUCCGCAAGAGGAAGGAGCGGGAGAGGAAGAAGAAGGGAAAGGACAAGAAAGACUCUCUCCAGGCAGGGCUACGGUCACUGCAGGCGCUGGCCCCAGAGUUGCAUCUGGCCUUGGCAAUGGAGGGAGAGGAGGAGGAGGGUAUGGAGGGAGAGUUGGACGAAGAGUUUUUCAAAAAUGAAAAUGUUUUUGAAGAUCCUGGCACCGCUGCCACCAAUACUUCAUCCACCACUCCCAUACCAGCUGACAUGGAGGAGUCCACCACCACCGUUUUCAUGGAGCCCUUCGUCGAGCCCACUAUAUUCAGCGAUGUGGUCACAGAACAGCCAUUAACAGCCAGUGAGAGAUCAGAAUCAGCUCUGUCAUCCUUUGAUGUGGUGAUUGAACAGCCAACGAGAUCUGAGGCCCUCCUUCCACCAGAAGAAGCGCCAGCCCCAUCCCCUCCCCACCGAGACCCAGCCGCAUCACCACCAAAAGAUCCAUCCCCUCCCCAACCAGCACCGAACCCAUCCCUGCAACAGGCCCCAUCCCCUCCCCAACCAGCACCAGCCCCACCUCCACCCCCACCAAAGGCCCUAUCCCCUCCCCAACCAGCACCAGCCCCACCCCCAACACAGGCCCCAUCCCUUCCCCAACCAGCACCAGCCCCACCCCCACUACAGGCCCCAUCCCCUCCCCAACCAGCACCAGCCCCACCCCCACCACAGGUUGCUUCUCCGCCACAAAUGGUUGCCCAAUCCCAACCUCAAAUAGUUGUAGCCCCACCAGAACCAGAGGCAGCUCAAAUAGUGUUAGAGGCAGCCGCUGCCCCACCUCAACCAGAGCCAGUGAUGGAGGGAAGAGGAGGUGAAACUUACGCUGCACAGCAGGUGUACUACCAACAGUACCCAGUGGGCAUGCUAACAAACGACAGGUAUGCAUAUCAAGAGCAACCUGCAGCAUCCCAUAUCCCGCCAGAGUACAUGCAGAGUCAUGCUCCUAACUUCACCAAUGGGAGUGUUGCAGGAGUACCCUACGGCAAUGGAAACGGCAUGAAUGGGAAUGCCUACAAUGGCGUUAUGAAUGGAGGUAGCAUGAGUGGCUACACCGGCAAUGGUUACAUAGGAAAUGGCUACAAUGGAAACGGCUACAAUGGCAACGGAUUGGAGCCGUAUGUCCGGAGACGUGUUCUUCCUCCCACUCCUGCAGGUCGUAAGCCGCCCUCCUUUAACAUCCAGUGUCUGCGGGCACAGCAUAGCGAGGGUGACAUCCCCAUCCCUGGCACAUAUGAGAGUAACUCGCCCCCAUGCAGAUCCAGACUGACCCUUGACUCCCGCCGCAGCAGUGUCUCCUCCAUGUCCUCGGCCUCCUGGGCCAACAAUGGAGGAGGACCUGCAGGGUCGAUGCCAGGAGCAGGGAUGUCAGCAACAUCAGCAGCAGCCGCAAAGAGAGGGCGUCUGCUCUACGCCCCUCUGAUGCUGGUGGAUGAGGCCGGGGGCACCCAGCAGCUGUGGGGAGACAGGACCCAGGCCACCUCCAGCCUCCCUGCUGUUGCAACUAGGCCCAGUGGCUGGUACCCUGGAGCCCCAACACUCCCCAUGCACACGCCCCAGAACAGGAGCUACACCAACGGCAGAGUGCCCUCCCAGAUCAGCCAAAGACUCAUAGAGAAGGGCAGUGCAAACAGCCUGGUAGAGUCUAUCCUGAUAUCGGAAGGCUUGGGCCUCUAUGCAAGAGACCCAAAGUUUGUGAACUUCGCCAAGCGGGAGAUCGCUGACGCAUGUAACAUGACCAUUGAUGAGAUGGAGAACGCAGCCACAGAUCUGCUGACCCGUUCUACUGGACAGCCAAUAGGACGCUUCGAGGAGGAGCUGGCAGACGAGAUGAACUGUGUGAUUUCCUACUGAGAAAGAGGAAACAGAGAGGGAUGGGGAGGGAGGGAGAGUUGGAGGGCAAUGAGAUAGAGCCUUACCUCUUUGUCUCCAUCAACAUGGGGGGUAAGAAUGCUGUCGCUAGCUAUUGAUCUUAGAAAACGGUCUAUAUCUCUUUGAUCAUGCUAUUUUUCUUUUCCAGAUCUUCUCAGUUAAUUUGGCUUUGUUGAAAGCAUCAGUGUGUCUUGAACAAGAGUCUGAAAGAACCAUUGUGAAUUAGACAGCAUAUACAGUACAGAGCCCAACUAUUGAGGUUUGGCCUCAAUACUCUUUACACGUUAUUCUAAUGUAAGAGUGCACUGUACUAUAGCCUGCCGAACAUGAUUGCAAUUCGUAUUCUACUCUGAAGUAGUUUAUCGCUAUAUUCAAAAGCAGCAUUUUUGGAUUGUAUUUCCAUUUUUGGUACUGUUCUAGAAUUGCUGUCACUUAUACACCCAAAUCAUACAAUAACCCUGCUAGGGCCAUAAAAACAUAUUAAAAGCUGGCAUACAUCAAAUAAAAUAAAAAAGAAAUACAGUACCUGUCUAUAGUGCAAGUGAGCUCCAGUUGUAACCAUAGAUAAUGAAAAUGGGUUUAUGUGUGUCAUGUCAGUUGCCCAGUGAAGCAUUACCAUAGCAUUAACAGUAGACUUUUGAACCAUGUCAAAUUAAAUCAACAGAAACCCCAAAGAAGAUUCUCAUGACAGUCAUGUUAAUAGUUCCUCUCUAGGUUUCUUCCAAGGUUCCUUCCUGGGUUCCUGCCUUUCUAGGGAGUUUUUCCAAGCCACUGUGCUUCUACAUCUGCAUUGCUUGCUGUUUGGGGUUUUAGGCUGGGUUUCUGUAUAGCACUUUGUGACAACUACUGAUGUAAAAGGGGCUUUAUAAAAUACAUUUGAUUGAUUGAUUGAUUUAUCUCCCUCAGUGAGAAACUUUGAAAUAGUAUUUAUGUACGUAUAUGGUUAACAGGAAUGCAACUUGUAAAUGUAAUAAUAACAAUUGUUAGAUUUAUUUUAUUGUGACUGCUAACACUUUGAACUGUCAGGUUUUUGUGUGUACAGUAAUAAAGUGUAAUGUACUUUUUCUCAAAGUUGUCAUGUAGCUAGUUCAUUUAGUAGCAGUAACAAUAAGUCCAGAAUUGAAUAAUGCAAAUACUGGAGACAUGGGCUUUUCAUAAAGAACUGGCAUAACUCUACAUAAUUAUAGAGGGUGUAACAUUUCAUGAUUUUAAGGAACAUCAUAAAAAA